AUGACAUUGGUUGGAAAUUUUUUGGGCUCAAGGCCAAAUAUUGAUAUUGUCAGGGCAUUUGCUAAACACAAAUGGGCGCUUAAAGGUCAAGUUGAGAUCACCACUAUGUCCAAAGGGGCGUUGUCUUUGGCCUUCUCUUGCAAGGAAGACAUGUCAAGAGUGCUCUGUGAUGGCCCUUGGCUGAUUGGUAAAUCAACACUAGCUUUGAAAAAAUGGGCACCUAAGAUGGACCUAAAUGAAUCUUGCUUUGUUCAAGCUCCAGUUUGGGUUAGACUGUCGGGCCUUCCCUUAGAGUUCUGGGUGGAAGAUGUGUUUAAAGGAAUUGCUAGCUCUUUCGGGGAACUCCUCUCUAUGGACCCUAUAACAAUGGCUAGAAGAAGACGGGCAGAUUUGAAAUCAUUUCUCGAGGUGUUAGGAGAAGUUGUGGCAGCAGGAGCAACUAGUUUUGUUGGCAGCCGAGAAGGAGGUAUAGUAAUCAUUGUAGGUUCACUUUACGUGCUGUAUGGGCAUUUUUAUCCCUCUCAAACAAAAGCAUUAGAAAAUCCUAUAGAUUUCGAGCUGGGCAUCAAGCUUUAUAGGGACAAAAAUAUUUCAGAUGCUUCCGUGAAGAAAUUUGUGAAGGAUGAGGAGGAGAAGGCUAAACUGGUGAAGGACAUCUAUACCUACUUCUCACCAAAAUUGAAUAUGCCUGGGGUCUCCAAGUCGGAAGAGGAUUUUGAUGACUCUGAUGAUGAGGAAGGCAAAGGCUAUGAAACAGAAGCUGAGACAAAGGAUGACCCCCAAAUUGUCGGGUCGAGCACAAAAAUAGAAAAAUAG